AUGCCUCAAUCCUCUUACUCCUCCAAACGGGCACCCAAGAGUUCAGCUAAAAACGCUCACCCACGCCCUACAAACCUCGAGAGCCACUUCAUGCGCAACUUGGAUAUGUCUCCCAAGGCCAACCCCCCCCUAAAAAUCUCUUCGGUGUCCUCUGUCUCGUCCCUUGAGGAUUUAAGUGAGGAAGCAGAUGAUUCGGAAGAAGAUGCGGAUGAUGAGGAAGAACCAGCUGUCAGGGCCCCGUCUUAUCGUCGUAGGGACAAUAAGACGGGGCGCCAACCUGGACGAGCUAAGAGAAGACGUGUUAUUUCCGAUGAUAGCAGCAAUCUUAGUGACACUGAUGAAAGUUCUGACGAUGUUUACGCUGCAGUGGACUACAUCACGGAUGCUGAAGACGAAGAGCAAGACGUCGAAAAAAUGGAAGAAAUGAUGAUUAUGGAAUCUGAAAGAUCACAGCGGCCGAUGCCUAGCUCAGAAAUCAACGAUGAGCAAUGGACCAUCUCCAACGUGUUUGAUGACCACAUGUUUUUACCUGCGGCUUCUUUCUUCGACGAGGAACACUUGUACUCCGCCAUGGAUACUUUUGGAGAACCAGAAAUGACUAGCGAGGCUGUCGAGACUCCAGUUGCUCGACGAGUCCACUUCGAGGAGCGAUCUGACUCGUCCUCUGACAGUGACUCCCACACCGACGAUGAAAUCCCCGGUGACUUUUUGCAGCAGGACAGCCUGGACCCACAGCUGCGUCGUAUGAUUGAAAAUGAUCACGAGUCUUACCGCGCCAACCACCGCAGGCAGUCUGAAGAGAUCUUCGGUGAUGCCGAUUACGGCCACGGCAACAUUUAUCACGUUGAGUCCGAGGGUUCCUCCGAGGGCAGCCUGAGUGGAUAUGAGAGCGACGAUGGUGAUACCACCGAUGAAGAUUUGCCCCCACCUGCUACCAUCACCCACCCUCGAUCCCUUCUUCGCCGGGACUCAUCCGACUCAUUGGCCCCUGUGGGUGACGACAAGAGCGACAGUGUCCCUCGCCGCCGUGGCCCCAUAAUGGGAACCUUCGUGGCUGACCCCCACAAGCCAGUCGCUCUGGUUGACUGCACUGGAAAGCACCUUGUCAUUAUUCCUGCCUACGCGUCCUCCCGCCACGACUGGCUUGAAUCCGCCGCCAACAGCAUGCCUGGAACUGCCAACACCAGCCCUCGCCAGACCACCCUUCACCUGGUCGACGAGAGUGACACCGAUGCUCUCGCCUCUCCUCACCAGACGGACCUCAGCCCUAUGCUGGCAUCCAGCGCCAACCUCAUGAUGACCGCUCUUGGCAAUGACCUGACACCCGGAGGCCAGGUUAUGGGUCCUCCUGAGGCAUUCUACCCCUCGCAAGACUUCACUAUCGAUAGCUCAUUCGAAGAGGAUGAAGAUGAUGACCCCGAGUCCACCCUCAAUGUAGAUGACUUUAUCGAUUUUGGCAAUGGCUCAUCGGACGAGGAAGAUGACAUGGACAACCAAUCCGAGGAUGAGGUCCAAGCCUCCCCAAUGGGACCACCAUCCGCCAAGUCCAUCGGCGCUCGCACUCCCACGCGCAAAUCAGACUCUCAGGCCCCUAACAACGAAGAACGCUUCCUGAACCAUCUGGACAAGGGUAUCGUCACAGCCUUCCGCCGCAACCACAACCGCUACCAGGCUCUCCUCCGCCUUCCCCAGCACCGCGAGUUUAUGCCUGCCAACUCCCCGGCUCGUCCAGCAAGUGUCUUCCGCCACGCAAAGAACAACGACCAACGCACGCCAACCCGCAAGCGCAAGUCGAGCGGCAUUGCGGGUGGCGAAGCCGUCCGCCGUAAGCUCAUGGAUGCCCAGCAACGGCGCAGCACCCAACUCCCAAUGUAA